AUGUCUGGAGCCCACGACCAAUUGCCUUCAGCUUCAUCAUCCUCGCAGACGCCCGCCAUCAUCACACCGGACUCGUCCGACGAGCUCGACUUCCUCGACGACCGCGACCACGACAGCGACCACGACAGCGACAUCCUCGACCACGACCCGAUCCAUGGCGAUCUGGGUGCGCCGCUGUCCUUUAAGCGCAAGCAGAAGCCCGCGCUGCUGUCCAACCCGCUGCGAGUCUUUUCUAACCUGACGGGCUCUUCAUCCGCCUCGCCGCCGCGACCGCAGAAGCGACCUCCCAGCAGCAGCAGACACCAGCCCGCAACGGCAGCCAGCUCGAAAGAUGGCCUCGCCCACGAUUGGUAUGCCGAGGGCCCCGGGCGCCGAGUUGGCUACGACGACCUGACAGCCAUCGACUGGAUCUUCGAAUACACAAAAGAGCGACAGCGCCUGCGAGUGCUGUCGUCGAGCUCGGGCGGCGGCAUCAUUGGCUAUGUCAGACACCUCUUGGACGCCAGCCAAGUCUGGAUCGUGCUGCUGUUGACGGGCUUGGCGGUCGGCGUGAUUGCGGCGCUGAUCGAUAUCACGACCGACUGGCUUGGCGAUAUUAAACUUGGCUUCUGUACUAGCGGUCCCGAGGGCGGCCACUUCUAUCUGAACAAGAACUUUUGCUGCCUUGGCUACGACCAGGGCUCCAAGUGCGCCGGAUGGAGAUUCUGGAGCGAGGCUCUGGGCAUCCAUUCGGGCGCGGGCAAGUGGUUCAUCGAGUACUUCUUCUUCCUGGCUUUCGGGGUCCUUUUCGCAUACUGUGCGGCACUGCUCGUGCAGGAAUAUGCCAUCCAUGCUAAGCACAGUGGUAUCCCCGAGAUUAAGACCGUCUUGGGAGGAUUCGUCAUUCGCAAGUUUCUGGGCCCGUGGACUCUAGUGACAAAGUCGUUUGGUUUGGUUCUUGCUGUGUCUUCGGGCAUGUGGCUAGGAAAGGAGGGCCCUCUGGUGCAUGUAGCAUGUUGCUGCGCCAACAUCUUUAUCAAGCUAUUCUCUAAUAUCAAUGACAACGAGGCUCGUAAACGAGAGGUACUCUCCGCGGCGGCAGCAUCAGGCAUCUCAGUCGCUUUUGGAGCCCCCAUAGGAGGAGUGCUAUUUAGUCUUGAGCAAAUUUCCUACUUCUUCCCGGACAAGACCAUGUGGCAGAGCUUCGUCUGCGCCAUGGCCGCCGCAGUUAUUCUUCAGGCCUUUGACCCCUUUAGAUCCGGCAAGCUCGUCAUGUAUCAGACAAAGUAUAGCCAUGACUGGCAAGGCUUUGAGAUUUUGCCGUAUGCCAUCCUGGGCAUCAUUGGUGGCGUCUACGGUGGCCUCUUCAUCAAAGCCAACAUGGCCGUCGCCCGAUGGAAAAAGGCAAAGUCCUGGCUCCCAAGUCCCAUCACCCAAGUCCUGGCCGUGGCCUUCCUCACUGCCCUCGUAAACUACCCGAACCACUACAUGAAGUUCCAGACUUCUGAUCUUGUGUCCAAUCUGUUUACCGAGUGCUCUCAGAACCUCGAUGACCAAAUUGGUUUAUGCAAAACUGGCGCAGCAUCGGCAGGCACUAUUGUUCUCCUAAUCUUUGCCGCUCUCGUCGGCUUCCUCCUUGCCACCAUUACGUUUGGACUGCAGAUUCCUGCUGGCAUCAUUUUGCCGUCCAUGGCCAUUGGCGCUUUGAUCGGCCGUGCUAUGGGUAUCUUGAUGGAGAUUUGGGUGGACAACGCUCGCGGCUUCUUCUUGUUCAAGACGUGUGCCCCUGACGUGCCAUGCAUCACACCCGCUACAUAUGCCAUCGUCGGGGCGUCAGCAGCUCUGGCAGGCGUCACACGCAUGACCGUCUCCAUCGUCGUCAUCAUGUUCGAGCUCACCGGUGCUCUCACAUACGUCCUGCCCAUCAUGGUCGCCGUCAUGAUUUCCAAAUGGGUCGGCGACGCCUUCUCACGACGCGGCAUCUACGAGUCCUGGAUUCACUUCAACGAAUACCCGUUCCUCGACAACAGCGAAGAAGUGGCAAUCCCCGAUGUCCCCGUCGCCGAGAUUAUGACUCGCAUCGAAGACCUCGUCGUCCUCACCGCCACGGGACACACCAUGGCCUCGCUCAGCAGCAUCCUCGAGAUGCAUCCCUGCCGCGGCUUUCCCGUCAUCUCCGACCCUCGAGAGGCCAUUCUGCUGGGCUACAUCUCCCGCGCCGAGCUCAGCUAUAACCUGAAGACCGCGUCCCAGUCUCCGCGGAGCCUGCCCCCAGAGACAGAGGCCUACUUUUCGCACCAGCCCCUCGCAGACCCGCGCACUUCGCUCGAUCUUCGGCCGUGGAUGGAUCAGACGCCGCUUACCUUGCCGUCUCGCACGCCUUUGCAUCUCGUCGUGUCUUACUUCCAGAAGCUGGGCCUUCGAUACAUGCUCUUCACAGAUCGGGGCGUCUUGCAAGGCCUGCUUACUAAAAAGGAUAUUUGGUAUGUCCUCAAUGGAGCAGAUGAAACGAGACGUACCGUCGGCCUCUCUGCCUCUUCUGGAUCUGGAUCCAGGGUGAGAGAGCAAGAGAGCGGCAUUAUGGACGAAGAUGGUAGAGAUGAGGAACAGAGGGGCCUACUGAGACCGGAUGACGCAGAUGAUACGGAUAGGGGGUCGAUAUUAUAA